AUGUUUUCGUUUACUUCUCCUGGAAUGAAAUUUGACACCACAUAUUCAAAGAAAGGAGGACCACCAACUUUGAGACUGCACGGUCAAACCUGUCAUCGAAUAGGUACUCUACUACCAGAAAAUGGAGACCGUCCGCAAUAUGCUCAGCUAUAUAUUUAUGACACAGAUAAUGAAGUUACUAAUAGAAUGAAGUGUUUCAGAGACAAUACUAAAAUUGACGAGAACACUGUUCAUAAUUUGAAGAUCAUGUUAGAUGAGUUCAAUAUUCAUGCAAAAGUCUUUAGAAUGGCGAGGGAUGUCCUGGAAGAUAAUGCAUUCUUAGACUUAAAACUGAGGGUUAUAUGUGAUAGACCUGAGGAUGGACGCGUGUAUAACAGACCAACGGUUUCAGAAGUUGCUGCACUAAUUGUGGGAGACAUUGAUUCUGCUUGUAAUAGGGACAUUAUUAUUCAAGCACGCAACGGUGGUUUGCAACGUAUUGAUGAGUUUCAUCCAGCAUAUUUGGCAUAUCAAUACCCUCUGAUAUUUGCGUAUGGUGAAGAUGGUUAUAGGAAAAAUAUAUUGCAUAGAUAUCGCCAUGAAACUGAGGUGACCCGACAAAAUCGUCAGAGCAUCAAGGACUGGCUUUCAUACAGGUUACAAGAUCGUAGCGAGGAGGCAAAAACUUUGCUACACUCACGGCGUCUAUUUCAACAGUUCUUGGUCGAUGGUUAUUGUAUGAUGGAAUCUGAAAGGCCGAACUGGUUGCGAAAUAAUCAAUCAAAAUUAAGAGUGGGAAAAUAUAACAGGUUGACAGAUGAAUGCAAUAACGAUGAUGGCAGACAACAACAAAAGCGGGGAAAGCGAGUUGUCUUGCCUUCAUCUUUUGUUGGGGGAAAAAGAUAUAUGGAUCAACUGUAUUUUGACGGAAUGGCAAUUUCAAGUAGAUUGGGUUUUCCAGACCUAUUCAUUACAUUUACUUGCAAUCCAACAUGGCCAGAAAUUAUCCGUGCCUUGUCCGAAACUGGGUUACAACCACACGAUCGACCCGAUAUUAUUACUAAAGUCUUCAAAAUCAAAUUUGACGAACUCAUUGCAGAUAUAACAAAAAAGCAUGUUCUAGGGAAAGUUUUGGCCUUUAUGUACACUAUUGAAUUUCAAAAGAGGGGAUUGCCACACGCACAUAUUUUGAUUUUCUUACAUCCUCAGAGCAAAUACCCCACACCAUCUGACAUUGACAACAUCAUCUGUGCUGAAAUACCAGACCCUGCUGUUCAUCCGAGAUUGUAUGCGUUGGUUAAAUCUAACAUGAUGCACGGCCCAUGUGGAGUGGCGCGCACGACAUCAACCUGUAUGAAAAAUGGUAAAUGCUCUAAAUACUUCCCAAAGAAGUUUAACGAGGAAACUAUUGUUGAUGCAGAAGGUUAUCCCCUCUAUAGGAGAAGAUCAAAAACCCACGUUAUUGAAAAAAAUGGUAUCGCAUUGGACAACCGUCAUGUGGUACCUUAUAACAAAAGAUUUCUCCUCAAAUAUAACGCACAUAUAAACAUGGAAUGGUGUAACCAGAGCACUUCAAUCAAAUAUCUUUUCAAAUACGUUAGCAAAGGCUAUGACAGAAUAACAGCUUCGGUGUCAACCAACAACAAUGAAUCGGUUGAUGAAAUAAAACAAUACUUAGAUUGCAGAUAUAUCUCACCAUGUGAAGCAUGCUGGAGAAUUUACUCCUUUCACAUUCAUGGUAGAAGACCGGCAGUUGAACGUAUGUUUUAUCACUUGGUAGGCGAAAAGGCUGUUUACUACACUGAUCACGAUCGAAUGGAAAAUGUUUUGGAGAAUGCAAGUGUUACUGAUUCCAUGUUUACUGGUUGGCUAUCUGCCAACUCAAAGUAUACUGAGGCACAGUCACUCACUUGUGGUCAAUUUGUAUCCAAAAAGUUAUGA